ACGUCAUCUUUCAAUUCAAUGCGUAUAUUAUACAUAGCUGUAUUUAGGGUAAGAAAUCUACAGCACAAAUGGUCGUGUGUUGUUUUUUGUCUGCAGACUGAGAAGGGGAUGGAGAUUGGAGUGAUUCAGCACGUGAUCCAUGUGGUUAAAGGGAAACCAUAUAAGCAUGUGAAGAUGUGUCUGGUUGUCAAUGUGAGUACCCAGACAAAAAAACAGAACUGUGACAGAGAGGUUGUUCCCUUCGUCUCAUCACUCAGUGGAUACCAUGGAAGAUACAUUUACAACUUAUACGACCACAGCAACUGAUUAUGAUGGAACUGAUUAUACUGACUCGUCUGACUACCCAGACUACUAUGGCUCAGGGCCGACUCAAAACUCAGGCAUUUGUAACAGAAGCUGGGUCAGGGUUUUUCGCGGGCAGUUCGAACCACCUCUCUUCUGGAUCAUCUUCCUCCUUGGCGCCGUGGGCAACCUGUUGGUGGUUUGGAUCUACACCACUGUGCGCCACCGCCUGAAAACCAUGACUGACGUGUACCUGCUGAACCUGGCUGUGGCUGACCUCCUCUUCCUGUGCAUGCUGCCCAUCUGGGCUGUCGAUGCCAUCAAGGGCUGGGACUUCGGCAUCAGUCUUUGCAAAAUGGUGUCAGCCGUCUAUAAAAUCAACUUCUUCAGCAGCAUGCUCCUGCUCACCUGCAUUAGCGUAGACCGCUACAUUGCCAUCGUACAAGUCACCAAGGCCCAGAACCUGAAGAAAAAGAGGCUGUUCUACAGCAAACUGGCCUGUCUGGGUGUCUGGUCUGUCUCCAUUCUCCUGGCCCUCCCUGAGUUCAUCUUUGCCCAGGUGAAGACGGACCGAAGCGGGCAGUCCUUCUGCGUUCUGGUUUACUGGAACAACGCGUACAACCGGACGAAGAUCCUGGUUCUGGCCCUGCAGAUCUGCGUGGGCUUCUUCCUCCCUCUGCUAGUCAUGUUAUUCUGUUACUCAGUCAUCAUUCGCACACUUCUGCAGGCCAAGAGCUUCGAAAAGCAUAAAGCCCUACGUGUCAUCUUUGCUGUGGUGUUUGUGUUCGUUCUCUCUCAGCUGCCUCACAACGGUCUGCUGAUAAUGGAGGCCAUGCAGGCAGCUAAUACUACCAUCACCAACUGUGACAUUGUAACUCGGUUCGAUGUAGCCGGACAGAUCGCCAAGAGCCUGGCGUACACUCACGCCUGCCUGAACCCGUUCCUGUACGUCUUCAUUGGAGUGCGGUUCAGACAAGACCUCCUGAGGAUUGUGAAGAUGUGUGUUGGCAGUCUGGGCAUAGGAGGGCUCACUAAAAUACAGGCAGUUCCCAAACGUCCCUCUAUCAUGUCAGACACUGAUACUACCCCUGCCCUUUCCAUAUAAAGGCCAGAGACCUGAGCCUAGUUCAACUUAAUCAUAUCUACUUUUGUUCACAAGCAUUACUUGCUACUAACAGAGCAACGAUUACAUGUACUACUUUGAAAGCAAAAAAUGAUUUGGAGUUUACAUUCAUAUUCUAACGGUCACAAUGACAACUUUUCUGGAGUCCCUGUAUAAACUGUAUAUUUGUGUAUAUAUACUUUUUUUUAAGUGUUUGGAUUCUUACAUUCUUUCCAUCAUGUAUUUGUCGUGUGCUGCUGUAACUGAAUUAAAAGAACUAUUGUAAUUUAGAUUUUCACAGAAAAAAAAAUCAAUUAAAAAUGA